AUGGGUAUACCUAUGUACCGCGAGCCUUCGUCCGCCGCGACUGCGAAGACCAACCCUAUCAAAGACCCUUGUGCCGCUGCACGUUCCGCGAUCCGUCGCCAGGCCAGUAUUCGGCGCCCUGCACGUUCCAGUAGCUCUGCCUUGCGCAGCGCAACUUUGCGUUCGCCAUUUCCCCGUCCGCUAGCAGAUGAGAUUGAACGCGAAGCGAAUGGAUCUCUGCGUCAUGUACGGUCUUCUAUCCCGAAUUCCGGUUCCGGUGAAGAUCCAUUCGACCUGACCAGUGGCCUGUCGGAUUCUAGCGCACGGGAAGCAGGCCAGCGCUUACUCAACGAUGUUCUCCUCCACAGCCGUCCUGGUCACAGAUUGAGAAUCCCGCGCAAUCCUGUGAUAGACGACAUAUACUUACGCUCAGCGUCUGGUGACAAUGGGGGCGCUCGACCAGAACAAGAUCAUUCACCCCCUUCUUUUACUCCUCGUUUUGCCCCAGCGAUUGCGUACCACAGGACAGCAUCUUCUCAGGCGCCCCCCGACGUCCGUUUGUCGCCAUUUCCUCGGUCGGAUGCUCUUGGAGGGGAUGCCUCGAUUGGUUCAACUAUACCUCUAUUACGGCGGGUUGGUCAGCGGUCUAUCAAUCAAGCGAGCCACUCAAAUUCCCAGACUGUCGUUGAUGGGCUUGGAGAUCGCCAGCGAAGCGUAAGCCCAGAUGGCGACCACGCAAAUGACGCAUGGGAAACGCUUUUGACCACCAUUACACCAGACACCAACCUUCCUAGCGCGGAUUCCUCUUUCACAUCAGCAGGCACAAACGCUUCAGUGAACGGAACCUCGAGAAGCUCGGCGACUUCUUUUGGAACACUACCAAGUUCCGGGGACUCCACUGCGGCAACCGUACAGAUGGUUCUUGACCCUUAUCCGGAAUUUCUCAACCCAUGUGACUAUUCUAGUUCAACCGACUCCGAGUCCGACUCGGAGGCAGAGGCUACCCAGAAUUCAUUAUUUCAUUACCAUUACCGCCGCAUACGCGAAAUAAACGCUAGGAGGGAUGCCAGGAGGCGCGCUCGUAAUGUGCAUUCGACCAUGAGUAGCCAUCCUCCGAUCCCUACGAUCUCAUUUGCUAUUUCCGAUUCUACCGAUCCGGACCUUCACCAUAUGCAGGCUAUUCUGGAUCGACUUGCCCGACGAGAAGAUGUCCCUGAUGAUUUGUGGACCGCAGCUGGUCUGUCUCGCACCAUCGGUCAUCGGGUCGCCGCAAAUGACGGAACCAGCAACCCUGAUGCGAUUGAUGGACCAUCGAGACAGCAGCAGUGA